GAAUAACUAAUUUCGUAAAAAAAAAAAAAAUGAAUAACUAAAACAAGCGCCGUAGUCCUGGUUGAUAAUGUCAUCUCCUUCAAAAAAUUUCAUGCUGCCCGACUCACAAACCGCCAACCUCUGUUAAUAAAUAGACCUCAAAAUCUCAAUUUACCUCUUAACUCAGACCAUAUCAAUCCAUGAUUAUAUCACACCCCUUUGCACCUCUUCCUUCAUGCACUGCCCUUACAUGCUCCAAGCCUUUUUACCAUAAUAGUCCCUUCAUAAAAUCCUCUAUACCACCUUUUCUACUCCUCAGAAAUGUCACAACACCGACAUUGUUAUGUAGUGGUGCUACAAGUCGACGAAGUGAAAAUUCGAAUGAUAUUGGGUUUGAUAUAGACAUCAAUGAAGAAGAUAAGGUAGACGAGAGUAAUGAUUAUGGCGGGUUAUCAGCAAAAGAGAUGGAAAUGAAGGAUGUUAUUGAUAUACAAGAAGGACAAGAAUAUGAUGGUGAUAGUAGAAAAUAUUCGAGUGGUGGACCGGAUAAAGGCGGGGACGAGAAGGAUUUUGAUAGGAAUCCGGAAUUUGCUGAAAUACUUGGUGGUUAUCUGGAUGAUCCCGAGAAGGCACAAUCUAAAAUGGAAGAUAGACUAAGAAAGAAUAGGAACAAAAUACUCCACACAAAGACGGGUUCAGGAGUACCAAUGAAAGUAUCAUUUAAUAAAUUUGAAUAUUCAAACUCAUAUAUAUGGUUUGAAUUUUACAAUGCUCCAUUGGCAAAAGACGUCUCCUUAAUUUGUGAUUCUAUUCGAGCAUGGCAUAUUAUAGGACGUCUUGGAGGAUGCAAUGCCAUGAACAUGCAACUGUCACAGUCUGAAAUAGAAAAACGACCAAGUUAUGAUUACAUUCAGGGAGCAAAUGUGACACCAACUACAUUUUACAACAUCGGGGAUCUUGAAGUUCAAGACAACUUGGCUCGGAUAUGGGUGGAUAUUGGAACUAAUGAACCAUUGAUUCUAGAUGUUUUGAUAAAUGCAUUGACACAGAUAAGUUCUGACUUUGUUGGGAUUAAGCAAGUAGUGUUUGGCGGAGAAGAAUUUGAGAGUUGGAAAGAGGAUUUGAAAUCAGAGGAUUCAGGUUAUGGUGUUCACAAGAUCUAACCAAUUUUCUAGGCAUUUGAUCAAAUGAAGAUUCAAAGUCUUGCUACAGAUGAUUGGUGGAUAGCAUGAAUUGUUGGUCUCAUGGUUUGAGGAUCUGGUUUGAAGUGGAGAAUUUGGGAUUAUUAUCUUCUGAGUACUUUUAGUUUGCAAUUUGCUUUUGGUUUUAUAUUUUCCACCCUUGUGAGCUUUGUGCUUGGGUGUGUUAUAGUCAUUGAUAGAA